AGUUCUUGAUAUCACAACCACCUUCACUCGGCUCGCGACCAACCCAAAACUCCCACCUAUAUAGACACCUACCUACCCACCUCAAUUACAGCCCGCCGUAACCAGGCUUCCUCCUCAACACACCAGACGGACAGCUGUCAACGCACCAUCUCGCUCCGGCUGCUUCGGCCGGGGCUCCUGUCCUGUCGUCGACGAGCCAUGUCUCACCUAGGGCCCGCUGUUUCUAGGUACAUCGCCGCCGGCACUGUGUUACUGAGCAGAGAGGACAGCCGUCUUCCCGGUGACCGAUGGGUCACCUUGCAGCAGUCGAGCCGCUGGCACGGUUUUGCCCGGCAUGACCGACCUCUGCCUGAAUCACCUUCUAGAACUUUGGCGCCUCACAUCGAGCUCAAGUCACCAGAGACCGAUGCCCCGCUGCUACCAGAGGAGACGCAAACUACUCUUCUCAAAGCCCUGGGCCCAGCAUCGAAGCUAUUCAAGCACCAUUGGGUUGAACUAGAGAUCUAUUUCUGCCAGGAUGCCGCCGUCGUCCGGGUCUAUCUCCUUCCCGAGGAUGUUGACCGGCGCUUGGUCAACCGGUCGAAUUCCGCCUUCAAGAAGAUCUGGAGUACCCUCCUCCAGCGCCUCAACUUUUCCCCAUCUGCAUGGCAAGGCGAUCCCAGCGCUGUCCACACCAGUCAACCCCCGCCUCAAGAGGGUUCUGGGGACGAUGAGACUGGUGCUGAAUCUGUGUCCUUGCUCCACCUCUUCAACACCAUCCCGUCACCAAAUCCGCAAACCGAGCAGCUUGCGGAUUCGUUCGACCGCGAUUAUAGCUAUAGUUUGUUGACAAGUAAAAUCCCGGGGCUCACCACGACUCUCUAUCCGUACCAGCGUCGGUCAGCGGCGCUCAUGUUCCAGCGAGAAACACAGCCGACACAAACACUAGACCCGCGCCUGAGUCUGGUGACUGACCACCACAACGUAGCCUGGUAUUAUGACCCGGCAAGCUGCACUGCUCUCAGACACCCUAGGUUCUAUGACGGGGUGCGUGGUGGGAUUCUCGCCGAAGAGAUGGGGGCUGGCAAAACUUUGAUCUGCCUAGCCCUGGUCCUCGCCACUCGCCACCAACCAGCCUAUGCGCCCGACAUCUACAAGAUCCCUGUGCCCGUUAGGCCCAAAAUCGCGUUCCUUGCAGACAUGGCCGCUUCGGCAGGCUCCCGCGAGUCGGUGCCAUGGGGUGCAUAUUUCGACGAUUCCCUUACGGGCGGUCGACACUAUAAGAACUGUCUGGCGGCGAUCGAGGGGAACCCGGUGUACUACCUCCUCCCGAGGCCAAAGCCAAGGCGCGAACAUCGACGCCCACGGUCAGCACUUCCUGCAACCAAGGUUUUUCUCAGUCGAGCAACCUUAGCCCUAGUUCCAGCCAACCUCCUACAGCAGUGGAGGGACGAAAUCGCGAAGCACACGAGUGGGCUGAGCGUCCUUGUCCUCGCCAUUGGGGGCCGGGAGAUACCUGAUACUACAGCUUUGGCAAAAUACGAGCUUGUCAUCUUCUCCAUCCCACGCUUCGAGAGGCUCCAUGAGCAGCGGGUCGCUAAUGAGAACGGGGCCUGGACGUUGGAUUCACCCUUGGCCCAAGUUCACUUCAAGCGGAUCAUAGUGGAUGAGGGACAUCGGCUCGGGAACUCCAGGAUUGGGAAUAAGUCAAACAUGCUCCAGAUUCUCGAGCACAUACAGGCGUCUGCCCGCUGGAUCGUGACAGGGACACCAUCCACAGGGCUGUUCGGCAUCGAUGACGGCGAUCUUGAGGCAGCUAGCGACGGCACGAGCGUGUCAAGCGAUAGCCUGCCCGUCAAACCCGGCAAGAAAGCCGCUCAGUCCUCUGUGCAGCUGGAGCGAAAGGAUCUAGAGCGCAUUGGGUCCAUUGCGUCGCUGUACCUGAAAGCGCGUCCAUGGGCCAACAGCUCCACGGAAGACGGGGAUUCGCGCGCGGAAUGGUCCGUCUACAUGAUGCAGAAAAAGCACAACGGCCGUGGGCAAGGCUGCUACUCGGUUCUCAAGUCUACUCUCGAAUCUCUGAUCGUCCGCCAUCGCAAAUCAGAGAUAGGCGACUUGCUCCCCGAGGUUGUGGAAAGGGUUGUCUACCUGGACGGGUCCUACCAAGACAAGCUUGCGUUGAAUCUCUUCUCGAUGAUGGUAAUUUCAAACGCGGUACAGUCGCAAAGGACGGAUCAAGACUUUUUCUUCCAUCCUCGCCAGCGCAAAAGUCUCUUGCAGCUACUUGCGAAUGUAAAGCAAGCCACCUUCUUUGGGGGUGCCUUUCUCGACAAGUCGGAUAUUACCAAGGCCUGUGAUACCGCGGAAGAGUUCCUCGCAGCGAAAAAGAUCCCUGUGAGCGAGGAAGACGAGCGGCUGCUGCGAGACGCGGUAGCGGUCGGCAGGCUAGCCUCAGCGAACAAGCUCAAGCAUGCAGCCAAAACGCACGGCGAAAUCCCUGUGUACGUCGAGAACUUUCCUGGCGCCGAAUUCGAUCAAGUAUCGCAGAGCUGGUGCAUCAUGGACCAAACCGAGGGCCACGGCCAAAUGAAUCACCUCGUCUGCACCGACGCGCCAAUCCUCCUGGCUCUCCAGCGGUUCGUGCGUCCUUGGAUGAGCUCUCCGGAGUCACUGGACAUUGUUUUCCGUUCCGGGACCUUUGCGCAACGGGGAGAGUUGGAGAAGGCGAAGAUUCAGGAGACGGCAACGCCUACAACUACGAAAAGCGCGACACUGGCCGGUAACACCAAGCUGGGAGAUAGCGGUCCACCGAAGAAGUCCUCCCGGCCCAAACCAAGCCCGGAUGCUGCGCCGGAUUGUGCGGGCGAUGCGUCAGGGGAGGUUGCCGAGUGCCUUGAGGGUGCUCGGCUUGUAUCUACAGCUUCAGCAAAGCUAUCGUACCUACUGGACGCGAUUGUUGAAAAUCAGCAAGCAGAGAAGAUCCUGGUAUUCUACGAGAGCGAAAAUGUGGCAUACUGGCUCGCAGGGUGCCUGGAGAAUCUCCAAGUACGGCAUCUCAUCUAUGCCAAGUCGCUGGCCGCCCAGCGUCGAGCUCAAUACGUUGCAACCUUCAACGAGAGUCCGACUUUCAGGGUGAUGUUGAUGGACCUGACACAGGCAGCGUUCGGCCUUGACAUGCGGUCCGCCUCGCGCAUCUACUUUAUCAAUCCCGUGCUCAACCCUCAGGUCGAGGCGCAAGCGAUCGGGCGAGUGCGGCGCAUCAGCCAGAACAAGGCGGUGACGGUCGAGACGCUGGUGCUGCGGGGGACGCUCGAGGAGGUGGUCGUGGAGCGGCGCAAGGACAUGACGCAAGCCGAGCACCAGAAGUGCAAAUCGCUGCUGGACGACAAGCCCCUGCUCGAGUGGUUCCGCAACCCGAAGCUGAUUCCACUCCCGGACGGCGACGGCCCGGACGACCCGGCGCAGAUGGCGCCCCUCAAGACGCCGCUGCCGCUGUUUGGCCACGGGGCGGGCAAGCUGUCCCACCCGGACGAGGACCUGGUGGUGCGCGACGGGCGCGGCGGCGCACAGGGCGAGCCCGCGACGACGGCCGCGACAAAGAGGCCGCUCUCGGCCGUUUUGGAGGGCGGCGGAGGGGCGGCGGCAAAGGACAAGGUUGCGAAGCGGCCGCGGGAGGCCAAGGGCGUUCGGUUUGUGGACCCCGCCGGAGACGAAUAGCCGAGGGCUGGCGGCGCUAAAAGUCGGCGAGAUGCUUACCUGGCUUGGCGGCUUGGUUUUUGCAUUUCCCGGAGUUUGGUUGGCAUGGCUACCUGGGCAGGCUUUUGGCCAGCGGGUAAGACUGCAACCUGAUGACGGUAUCGGAGCGGGCGUUUAUCAACGGGAUUGCGUGUACAUGGACUGACUGAUGGGAUACCCCUGGGAAUGGGCAUUUGGGUUUGCGGCGCGUUUGCGGUUGUUAUUCAUUCUCCUGUUAUAAAAGGUUGCCAUGAUAGAUUUGGUCUUGCACAAUUCUAUGGAUCACUUUCUGAUGGCAUAAUGCCUUUAAUGAACGAUAUCGGCCACCGG